CGAGCGAACCAGCUGCGGAAGCAAGGCCAGCAUGUCUCCGUCUUUCAAACUUAAGUGUCACCUCGUUCUGAUCUUCCUGAUGGCUCUACGAGGGGAGACCCGGUACCUGGAGCUGCGGGAAGCGGCGGACCGCGACCCCCUCCUGCUCUGGGGCGCCCGCCUGAAGCGGGAGCUGGCGGGGGAGCCCGAGUACCGCCGCGCGCUGCGGUGCCUGGACAUGCUGAGCCUCCCGGGUCAGUUCACCUUCACCGCCGACCGGCCGCGGCUGCACUGCGCCGCCUUCCUCAUCGCCGAGCCGGAGGAGCUCAUCACGGUCCACUACGACCUGGUCUCCAUCGACUGUCGGGGCGGCGACUUCCUGAAGGUGUUUGAUGGUUGGAUUCUCAAGGGGGAGAAAUUCCCCAGUUCCCAGGACCAUCCUCUCCCCACCACUGAGCGGUACAUAGAUUUCUGUGACAGUGGGCUUAGCCGAAGGAGCAUCAGAUCUUCCCAGAACGUGGCCAUGAUCUUCUUCCGGGUCCAUGAACCAGGAAACGGAUUCACAUUCACCAUAAAGACAGAUCCCAACCUCUUUCCCUGCAACGUGAUUUCCCAGACCCCAAAUGGAAGGUUUACCCUGGUAGUCCCACAUCUGCAUCGAAACUGCAGCUUCUCCAUAAUUUAUCCUGCGGUGAUCAAAAUAUCUGAUCUCACCCUGGGCCACCUAAGUGGUCUGCAGUUAAAGAACCCCUCAGCAGGUUGUGGGGGAAUAGGAGACUUUGUAGAGCUGCUGGGAGGAACUGGACUGGACCCUUCCAAGAUGAUGCCUUUGGCUGACCUCUGCUAUUCAUUUCAUGGCCCCGCCCAAAUGAAAAUUGGCUGUGACAACACAGUGGUGCGCCUGGUCUCUAGCGGAAAGCACAUAAACCGUGUGACUUUUGAGUACCGCCAGCUGGAACCAUAUGAACUGGAAAACCCAAGUGGAAAUAGUAUCCAAGAACUCUGUUUGUCCGGUCUUUGAAUAACCAAUCCCAGUGAUGUACAUGCUGCUAGCUAAGUGAGUUUUUAAUGGCUAUUAUAUAUGAUUUUGAUGACCAGCUAGUUAAAAGCCUUUCAUACCAGUCAGUAUUCCCAAGUGUGAGCACACAUUCGACACACCUAAGCAGACACACCGUGUGCACAAGCAUGCAUUAUUUUUUGUACCUUAUUUCUUUUUCAUUUGUAAUAUAUGAAUGACCACAUGGCAGACAGUAGCCCCCCUUUGGUAGAAAAACAGUUUUCUUUUGUUAUUUGGUAUGCUACAAACCUGAAAUGGUAAGGCAAGGGCACAGCAAUGGGCAAUAAGAAAUUGUAUCUCAAAAAAAAAUGUAUCUAAAGGGAAAAUACCAUAAAGAAAUUAAAAUGGUGGUGUUCAUAUCAGUCCUAGAGCAGAAAACAAUUGAAUGGCUGUGUAUGUGUAUACCAAAGUAGUUGCAUCUGUUUGUUAUUCUAUUUGUAAUAGGUAACAAAUUAUAGCUACUAUUUAUUGAUUUGUAACAUCUUGUUUCUAACAAAACUUUGUAGCUUGGAAAAAAGUUUCCAUCCACAAGUACAAACGUGAAUAAAUG